UAAAACCAAAGUUUGGAAUAAAAAAUCUUCUGCAUAUUAUUCUUUCUGUAUGUUAUUCUAAACUAACUUUUUUGACAAACCACAUAUAAAUAUCAAACCGUCCCACGAUAAUAUCAUUAAAUCUAAUAAUCUAAUCAUAAGACUGCAAAAACUAUACCAUAUAUUUUUAAACGGUCAAAUUAAAUUAGAGUAUAUUAUUGGAAUGGUCGGCCAACCUAAGCUAUAAACAAGUGUAUUCUUGUUCUUGUUCCAAACCGAAGAUGCUUUAAAAAUAAAAUAAAAUAAAAAAAAAUCCAACUCUCUGUUCAUCAACUAUAUAUAUUGGUCACGUGUCGGUGGCCAUCGUCCUUCUCUCUUUGUAAAUUUGUUGAAGUAACACUAGGACUCUGUUGCUCAUAUAAAAUCCUUAAAAAAAAAAAAGCCCAAACUUCAUCACUUAUGGUUACGGUUGUGGUGGAGGUACUGCUACUAAGCUCUGCCAAUUCAAAGCUCCCUUACUUAUUUAUAUGCACAAAGCUAUAGCUUCUUCUUCUUCUUCUUCUCUCUUUCUUGUUUUUGUUUAUGCUCAAUUCUCUGUUUGUAUUUGUAGAGAGAGAUCGAUAUAUAGGAGAGGAGAUCUCGAGGUCUGGCAGGGUUCAAGACGAUAGCGUUUAGGAUAUUUGGUGGAAGGAGGAAGAAAAGCAAGAAGAAGAUAAGAGUGAAAGAAAAAUUCAUGGAUUUGUGGCAUAAGAUGAUCUUCCCUGUUCGUAGGGUUUGGUUUGCUGUUUCUUCUCGUGUUAAAGCUCGCAAAAACGGUGAAGGGCUUUUGAAGCUUCAUGAUGAUGUACAAACUUGUGGUUACCAAGAUGUACAGGUGAUGUGGGAGAUGCUGAGAAGAUCAGAAUCAGAGCUGAUAGCUGCUAACAAUCCCAAGCGCAAGCAACGACCUUUCUGGAAAGGUUUUGUAUGGUCUAACCACACUUCAUCCUCAUCCUUCUCGGCGAAUCAUGCCUAACUUGAGACUCUCUGAGUACUACUAUCAUAUAAUAAUAAAUAAUAAUGUGUUCCUAGUGUCCUGCAACUUGAACAUGGCAUCAUAGUUUUAGAAUCCGACGGCCGACAUUGCAGUGGCAUGGUACAGAGCUGUUGCAGCCAUGUUCAAAUGGAAAUAUAAGAUGAUGUAUCACUAUUACUUCUGCUGGGGGUAACAAAAAUGCUUUCAAAUGAGCAAGUCAUUUUGUAUAUAUGUAAUAUUUUGUCAAGAUUUGUAAUCAAAUUAAACAACAGAUAGCUUCAUCAGUUGGCCAAAUUUCACUCACUGGUGUACCUGUAUCUAUUGGAUAUUUAUGUCUUGGUGGAUGAAGAAAUGGCCUAUUUUCUGAUCAAAUAAAAUUCAUAAUGUAAUAAACCAUUAAUCA